GACAGCUUAAAGAGCCAUGGUGUCCAAGCCUUUGCCUAUGCCUGUUUUUCUUGAUUUAUUUUGGUUUUUUCUCCUUUCAAUUACUUUUAUUUUUCACAUUAUUUUUAUAUUUGCAUAUAUUCCCGACAAUGCAAACUCGCACUGCUUUCCAGCUGGGCCAGUCCGUGGCUCCCGCCCUUAGACACACCAUGCUUGCAUCGAGCAUGACAAAACUCAGCGGCGCACUCGCCUUCCAGCGCGCACAGUCUGUCUUUUCCAAGCACCAGGGCAACUCGCUGCGCUAUUACUCUGAUGUCAAGUACAGAAUCAUCAAGGUGCCGCACAUGGCCGACUCGAUUACCGAGGGUACUUUAAAGUCCUGGGCCAGGCAGGUCGGCGAGCAGGUUGAGCAGGACGAAGAGGUUGCGUCAAUCGAGACCGACAAGGUUGACAUUCCGGUCAACUCGCCGGUCGCCGGUGUCUUGCGUGAGUUCUUGGCCAAUGAGGAAGACACCGUCGUUGUCGGCCAGGAUCUGUUCAAGAUCGAGGAAGGCGCCGUCAUCGAGGGUGGUGCGUCCAAGCCCAAGGCUGAGGAGGCGCCCGCUGCUUCUGAGGCUGCACCCGCGCAGGCCGCUGCUCCUGCUGCUGCUGCCGCCCCCGCCGCCCAGGCUGCUGCUCCCCAGAAGGCUGCCCCUAAGCCUGUUGCUGCCAAGGCCGCCCCUGCUGCCUCCGUGUCGCCCGUCCAGUUUGGCACGCCCAGCCGCUCCGAGCGUCGUGUCAAGAUGAACCGCAUGCGCCUGCGCAUCUCUGAGCGCCUGAAGCAGUCCCAGGACACCGCGGCCUCGCUGACGACUUUCAACGAGAUCGAUAUGACCAACCUGAUUGAUCUGCGCAAGACCUACAAGGACGACGUGCUCAAGACGCACGGUGUCAAGCUCGGCUACAUGGGCGCCUUUGUCAAGGCCAGCACUCACGCCCUGCAGGCUGUCCCCGAGGUCAACGCCAGUAUCGACGGUGACCACCUGGUGUACUACGACUACUGCGACGUCAGCAUCGCCGUUGCCACGCCCAAGGGCCUGGUGACCCCCGUUCUGCGCAACACUGAGCGCAUGUCGAUUGUUGAUGUCGAGCAGGAGAUCUCCAACUUGGGCAAGAAGGCUCGCGACAACAAGAUCACCGUCGAGGACAUGGCUGGCGGCACCUUCACCAUUUCCAACGGCGGCGUCUUUGGCUCGCUCUACGGAACCCCCAUUAUCAACAUGCCCCAGGCCGCCAUUCUCGGCAUGCAUGCGAUCAAGGAGCGCCCCAUUGUCGUUAAUGGCAAGGUCGAGAUCAGACCCAUGAUGUAUGUCGCGCUUUCCUACGACCACCGUAUCAUCGAUGGCCGCGAGGCCGUCACUUUCCUCGUCAAGCUGAAGGAGGCCAUCGAGGACCCCCGCCGCCUGCUCCUGAGCGUCUAAGUUUCAAAUGUCAGUAUUGAAAAAUAAGGACAAAAUUUUCUUUUAAUAAAAACACGUAGACAUUGACAUUGAAAUUGUCAUUGAUAUCGAAAUCGAUAUUGGCUGACCAUUCGAUU